CCUCUUACUCGGCGCUCGCUUCUUCGCCGUUACUUAAACCCGUUCCUAGUGGAGCUCGCCCGGUCACGUCCCAUCCGAGAAAUGCCGUCGCGUGCAUUGUUCGAGGGUUGGGGUAGUUACCUUUGCGUAUUCGGUUCGGUCGCGGCGCGGAUGUGUCGGGCCAUCCAACGACGCGGCGUCCAGAGUCGACUCGCGAUAUGUGCCUAUCACAUUAGUGCUACCGUCUACGACCUAAGGUAUACCAAGCUUACUCUGUGUGACGGCGGUCAAUGUCACGGCCGGCUUGGAAUGAGGGCGGAACUCCUCUAUUGGGCGCUAUAGACGAAGAU